GUCACUUCCAUACUGUCAUCAUAGAAUUCAAUUCAGAUUAGGACUUUGCGGAACUCGAUUUUGUCGUUCGGAGUUUCUUAUCAUUUCCUGCGUUUCGAUCCGUUUAAAGUGCAUCAAAGUGUACGCGAACCAAACAACCAAUCUAUGUAUAAUUCAAAUUCCUGCCAGUCAAACCCACAUAAAACGGAGUAAGUAAUGUCGUCAUAUGUUCGAGCUUUGUACGACUUCACGGGUGAAGCAAGUACAUCAGAAAUUUCAAUUACAACCGGCGAAGUCUUAACGGUAACGCGAACUGACGUCGGUGAAGGAUGGUGGGAAGGGAAGAAUUCGAAAGGUCAAACAGGUCUAUUCCCAGCUGCAUAUGUGGAAGUCCUAUCGGCAGUUGAAUCGGCACAGAUCGCCAAUGGGGGUGCGAGUCGUCAGGCUGCCGCGGCUGCCUCAAAUGCAGCAGCGGCAGCUACACCAACAGCUGGUGCUCGAUAUGAUCAGACUGCCGACGAGUGGAAUGAUGGCCAAGAUGACUGGGAAGACGAUUGGGAUGAUGACAAUGAUACAUACUCCGAGAUUGGCCCUGCGUCGUCAGCACAAAACAACAAUAAUACUAAACAGGGUCAAGUCAACUAUGCAACAAUGAACCUUCCACCGACUCCUUCGGAUGACACACUAUCAUGGACGUCGUCAGGUACUGUGUCGACGAAUGCUAACGCCAACACGGCAACCUUGAAAAAAUCAGGAAUGUUCGCAAAGUCAAGUGAUUCUUACAUUAUGGCAUCAUCAAACCCAACAGUUCCAGAUAACGAGAAAGUGUAUAUUGUCCAAGUGGAUAACACGUACAUGUGGCAGCCAAUUACGGAGCCCUACACUGUUAGAGUAGCAUCGCCCAAAAAGGAAACCAAAUUCAAAGGAAUGAAAAGUUUCAUUGCAUAUCAAUUGACGCCCAGUUUCAACAAUAUUGCGGUCUCACGUCGGUAUAAGCACUUCGACUGGCUACACGAACGUCUCGUUGAGAAAUUCUGUUUAAUUCCGAUACCACCGCUUCCAGACAAACAAAUCUCAGGUCGCUACGAGGAAAGCUUUAUCGAACAUCGUCGUGUUCAGUUACAGGAAUUUAUCAAUUGGAUGUGCCGGCAUCCGGUCCUAUCGCGGUGUGAAGUCUGGAAGCACUUCCUAACCUGUACAGACGAGAAACUAUGGAAGCAAGGCAAACGGAUUGCUGAACGAGAUCCCCUGGUGGGCGUGACGUAUUGUGCUGCUAUUCAUCCGCCGGAAAAGCAGCUUCUGCAGUCCUAUGUGGACGGGCAAAUGGAAAGUUGUGCUUCGUUCGUCCAUCAUAUGGACGUUGCGGUCAAAUCUCUCCUGGCGAUAGCUGCUGAACAAACAAAGCGAAAUCAGAUCCAUGCAAAGAAGGAUUUCCAAAGAAUCGGUGAAGGAUUUUCGGAGUUAGCGCGGGCGUUAGAGAUCGAUGAACGAAGAGUGCCGGCAUCGGAUUCCCUGGCGAGUAGUGUAGGGAAAACAGCAGGAUUUUUCAUAAGUAUGGGACAAAUGUUUGGCGAACAACCAAAGUAUGAUUGGAUUCCGUUCUCGGAUCAGUUGCAUCUCUACAGAGGAAUCUUGAGUAACUUUCCCGACAUCUUAUCAACUCAUAAAAACGCUGUUCAGAAACGAAGAGACUGUCAACGCUUAGCCGCCGACCAGCGAAUGCAUAACGCACAAUUGGCUGAGGUUGAUAGACGGGUUGAUAUCAUUUCGUAUGCCGUCCUAGCUGAAAUGUCGCAUUUUCGUCAGGAGAGAGAUCACCAUCUGAAGGAGACACUGGGAAAUCUAAUUGACGCUCAGAUACACUUCUAUCAGAAUAUUAUUAGUAAGCUGCAGGCAGCUCAGAGUCAGUUCCAAUAAUUUUGAUUAGUGAAUCUAUUCGUCUCAUGUUUGGGGGGUUUUUUGUACAAUUUGUAAAAGCAGCUGUUUGUCGACCACGCAAGGAGGUUCGAUUCAUGGGAAAAUUUCUGAAAUUUAGGUUCAACGAUAUCCCUUUUUUGAUCUUCUUUGGUUCUAAUGAUUGUUCAAUAUUUGGCAAGAUUUCGUUGCGGAUGAGGACGGCAGGCACGAAGUUAGGUUCGUUAAUUGCAUAAUUGUUGUGGAGCGAUGAUUGUUUUUAUUGUAAAUGUGGUAUACGCUGUUACUGCUAUCGAUUAUUUUUUAUAUUUUACUCAUUUUAAUCAGUAUAAGCCGUGAAUGUGAUCGUAUGAUUGUAAAUACUAUUUGCUUAAAGAUAUAACAAAUAAAAUGAAAGAUAAAUUGCUUA